UGCUCGGUCUCUUCCGGUGCCGUAAGCGCUCAGCACACUAACAUCAACCACAGCUGACUCUGUGGAGAGUUGAAAGAGGCGCUUGAACCUUUACAUCACACUUAUUUUACCGUAGUUGCUUUGGACGAAAAACCUGAGAGAUCUGAGCAAAAAUGCCUCUGGGUAACGAUCUGAUGCACCCCAGUCUGUCCAAGGAGAGGACAAGACACAAGAAGAAGAGACUGGUACAAAGCCCCAACUCUUACUUCAUGGAUGUUAAAUGUGCAGGCUGCUACAGGAUCACCACCAUCUUCAGCCAUGCGCAGACAGUGGUGCCCUGCUCAGGCUGCUCUGUAAUCCUCUGUCAACCAGGAGGGGGCAAAUGCAGACUGACUGCAGGCUGUGCCUUCCGAAGAAAAUAUACCUGAACAGAAUUCUGCCACAACACCCAAGAAAGGCGGCAUAAUGGACCCGCAGAUAAAUGAGUCUGAGCCUCACAAUCAGUGACUUUAAAUGUGGCAAAUCCACAGUGGAGAUAUCACCCACCUCUGUCUGUAUCUGGAUGCUGUGGAGUGAAACGUCAUCCUCCCUGUGGGAUUUUCUUAGGAGCAGGAAAGAAGCUCUGCAAGCUCAAGAUGAACCAAAAUCAUGAAUACAGACAUUCCUGUAUGCUCAGAUUGAACUGUCUGUAUAUCAGAUUGCUAUGAUGAAGCACUUCAGCAGAUUCGAUUACUUCUAUUGACCAAGUAAAACAUGUUUUGUAAUUUUGCACAAAAAAAUUCAAUGAGUCAUGAUUUCUGUAAAACAUUUAUUAGGUUGACAUAGAGGGGGGCGGGUGGUGGUGAAUAAAAUAUUUCAGAAUGGUCUGGAUCACGUGUGAGGCGAUUUCCAUGGCCCUGGCAUGAGAUGAACCCACGACGACCGCCAUAAACAAAAAUAAAACAAUUUAAGAAUUUA